UCAGUCGUUGUAGUGCCUUGCGCCAGGUCGGACGUGCCUUUUAUUUUCUGUAUAUCAUCGGUUAUUUUUUUUUUGAAUUUUUAAAUUAAAGGAAAGAAUAUAUAUAUAUUGUUUGGUUUUUACCCACACAUACGUACGUUUUUCCUUUUGGUUGAUGAGACGAAAAACAAGCCAAACUGUUUCAGUUGAAAGAAAAAAGAGUUUGUGGAUUUGGUUGGCAAUUGUGUUGGGCAAGACCUGGGACUCGUUCGUUGCCACAACGACAGCUGUGAACCGUGAACAAGUGUUUUCCUGUGUUUUUCUCUCUUGGGUGUAUUUGUGUGCGUGAUUCUUUUUUUACCUGUGUGUGUGUGUGUGUGUUUGUUGGUGCCACCAAGACCACGUUGAUGCCCUGUGUGCAAGUUUUACCUCGUGUUCGGCUCUGUAGUGGUCGCCAUUUGGGGGCUAACAAGUGUUUUUUUUCUGGUUAUUAUAUUUUCCAAGUGUUUCGUUCGUGCCAUGACUCGUGGAUUCGACAACAAGUGUCGGACAGAUUAAAAAGAAAACUUAGUUUUGGACGACGUUCGUCUUGGAAAAGCCGGUCACACCACGUGGACAUUUUUAUUUUUCGUGGAAAUUUUCUCUCAUUUUCGGAUGAAUAAUCAUUGAAUAAUCCCCAGUACUCCACAACUGCAGCUCAACGGCGAAUCUUCGUGAAAUUGUGGUUUCAUCAUCAUUAGACACCGCCUACAUGGUUUACCUGGGAGAAGGAGCGACGGUGGCGACCAGUGGAGUGGAGCGUUUCUUCACUUCCAGCAGCAAGAAUUGCAACAGCAGCAGCAGCAGUAGCAGCAGUAGUAGCACCUCGAGCAACGGCGGUUGCAACACGACGGGACCGCCUUUCCGACGACCCCCGACUGCCGUCGACCCCGUCAUCAUGCACCCGACCAUCAACUACAAAGAGAAACAAGCCGAGUGUCCACCGAUUCAAAUGGAGCCCGUGGAUUUGUCUGUCAAUAGUCGAGGCGGAGGUCAUCUGGUCCUGACGACGGACACGUCCAGCCGACGACGGUCAUCCCGCUCCCCCGAAUCCCGUAAACGGCGGUCGUCGCCGGCCAACGGCAUCAUCGACUUGCGGGUCAACAAAUCAGCGCCUGAAGCCGUCCGAGUCGAGAUGAUACCCAGCAUCCAGUGCACGUUACGGACGACUUCCAACGCGCUCCUGACGCAUCACCACCGCAUGAAAGAGGAGCCCAUCUUUAACCAUGGUGACACCAUGUUCGAAGAUGAAGACGAGGACGACGAAGAUGGAUUCCUUCCCGGUUACGACAUGACUUUGAGUCAAAGGCCGUUGUCCUCCUCCUCCGCCAGCCCCUCGCACGGAACGUCGACCAACAACGGACUGAGCCCCAACCGGCACUCGUCGCCGGGCGAUUCGCCGCCGCCGCCGCCCAGCUCGGCCGCUUCCAUCGGCGACUUCACCGACAGCCUGCGGAGGCGCAAAGUUCACAAGUGCGACUUUGAGGGCUGCGAGAAAGUCUACACCAAAAGUUCGCACCUUAAAGCUCACAAACGAACACACACAGGUGAAAAGCCGUACCAGUGCACGUGGGACGGUUGCACUUGGAAAUUUGCACGGUCUGACGAGCUGACCCGCCACUUCCGGAAGCAUACGGGACAAAAGCCGUUCCGUUGCCACCUGUGCCAGCGUUCGUUCUCACGAUCCGACCAUCUGUCACUGCACAUGAAGCGACACUGAUGUACACGAUGGCGGCUGCUCUAUACAUACUGUACUCUAGGCAACACGACGCAACGCACACUGAGAGAGAAAUGGCUCCACCAGCUGACACUUCUUCGAAAAAAAUUUCUUUUCCUUUUUUGAGAAACAAAUUAUUUCGGGCGUGUACGUUUACGGUGGUGACUAGCGGUCGGGCGAGUGAGAGAAAGGUGAAACCAUCAACAUCAUCAUCAUCGGCCAAAGCCAAACACACACACACACUCACACACAAACAAACGCAACAGAGAAAACCCAUCAACCAUCACUUCUACACACGACGGACACCCGUGUUUUCCCUUUUUUGCGGGCCCCGAGGCAAAAAGAGGAGAAACAAGUCAACUUUGUUUUUUCUAUUUGUUUCGUUUGGGAAUCAAUUGAUUGUUUUUCCCGAAUCUGUACUUCUGGUUUUGACGAUGAAGACAAGAAAAAAGAUUAUUACGGUGAGCUACAAUUUCGAUGACGCAGGCGUUUGCGUCGAUGAGUUUGCCGGGUUUUCCCCCUUCGUGCGGUUUUUCGCCUUCGUUCAAACCCUCCCACACCAUUUGACGUGUAACAUCCAGUGCGGUUGAUCAAACCUCAUCGCGUUAUUACUGUCAUUUCCGCUCCUGUUUCUGCUGCCCCCCCUUUUUGUUUGACUGUCGUGUGUGUGACUGACGACUCUGGCGAUCUCACAUCAUGUUGUUGGAUCAUUUCGCUCUCUCUCUCUCCUUCUCUCUAUCGCCUUAAUUGUUGUUUGAUCUUUUGCGUGGCGCAGCGAAUUUGAAAGGAGGUUUUUUUUCUGUUCUUUUGCGUUCCUCUUUUCGUCUUCCGCCGCCUCAUUUCUCCGCUGCCGCCCUUUUAUAUAUAUAAUUUCUUUCUCCCCUUCCGUUUCUGUGUGAACGAGCUCGCCUUAAAAAAUAACUCCUCCCUCUACUAUCGUAUACAUAUUCUAUUUUGUGCGUGAAUUUCUGAUUUUUAUUUGAUUUCUUCGCUUUUUUCUUUUUUGAUCAACUUGUACCAUAUGUCGCAACAAGAUAUCCUCCUCCUCCUCCCCCAAAUCCGUCCAAAAAGAGAAAACGCACAGGGAAAACAAAAACAGUUUUGAAAUGUAGAAAAGAAGAAUUAUAUUUAGUUGUUUUUUCUUGGUUGCUUCUCCCUUUUGGUUACGGAAAAUUUUUCCCAUUUUUUUUUUUUUCAAAAAUGUUUCCUUUGAAUCGAUUCAUGAUUAUAAUAUGUAAGACGACCAAAAUGGGUAAAGCAGAUUCUUCUCGUCUUUUUUUUUUUGAAUUCGUUUAUGUACCGAACAACAACAACAACAACCAGCCACACCAUGUUGUGAUGAUUUAUAACAACAAGGAGAAAAAUAAUUCAGCCUCUCAAAACGCCCGAAACGGAAGAAGGUGCAGCGCGUGGCGCAUAUCGUUCCUCAUGUUGCUGUUGUUGUAAAUUUUUUUCGGGCUGCGAAAAGAUAUUGUGAUAUUCCUCGAGCGAAAAAAAAAAGAAAUAUUUGGGCGCCGGAGCUCCACUCGGCGCCUACACACACACGGACAUACAUAGACAGAUAGAGCUAGGCAACUUAGGAAAAGAAUAGGAUGGCCGGGACAUGUAUAAAUAAUACCGAGGCUGUGUCUCGCGCGUCUAACCGUUGAGUUGGAAGAGAAAAAAGUUUUGCUUGUUUGUUUGUUGUUUGGGAAGUAACCACAGCGUGAUGUGUGCAGCACACGCCCGCGAUUGAUAUUAUACUCGGCCUGAAUUCAAUGAGAUCAUCACUCAAAAAAUAAGAAACAGCUGUCGACCUUUUUAUUUCUUCCUUUUCGAACUCCCGCCUCUCCUUCGUGCGUCGGUAGAGAGAAAAUAUAAAUAUAUUUUUUUUUCUCGGCUGAGACAUUCUUUUGUAUGCAUAUCGUGCCAUUUACAGUGAACGUGUGCGAGCGGUCGUCCUACUCUUUUUUUUCUGUUUUUCUCUCUCUCUAACCCUGAAAUUUUUAUAAAUAUUUCAUUUUAUUUCGUUGUUGUUCUUCAGUUGAAUUUAUUGUACCCCGAUUCAUUUGUCUCUGCAGUUUUAUCAUUACGAAAGAAUCUUUCUACUUCAUUUUUAUUAUUGCAUAAUACGUCUCUCGUCUGUUUAUUUUAUAAAAUUUUUCUGUUCAGUUCUCACCCUCCUAUACUUUGUUGUUUUCUUACCGCCCGGAAGCAGCCAUAGGGUCUUAUACCUCAUCACAUUCCAAAUUUUUAUGCAAUAACAAUUCAGCGUACUUUACGGUCUUAUACAUAUAAUUCUUCUUUUUCCUCCUUCUUUACCUUUUUUUUUUCUUUUUAUUAUUUCUUGACGAAGAAAAAAUAUACCAAGAAUGAGAAAUAAAAAGAGUUAUCACACGCCGACACAUUCACUGUGUGAGCAAAGAGGGAGGAGGAGGGCGAGCACAAAAAUACAAUUGUUUUUUUAAAGAUUCUCCACCCCGCUCGGAAAAAAAAAUUCUUCUACGUUUUUUUUUCUCCCAGUUCGUAUGUGUGUCAUUCGCCAUGAAAAACACAGGAAAGAGAAAAACAACUUCAUUUUUUAUUUUUUGUUAUUUUAUUAUUGUGAAGAAGACGAGAGAGCCGCCUUGUUCAUAUUUCUUUUAACGGCCUUCUCUUCUCACACACAUAGUUUGUGUUUUGGGAGAAAAAAACAUUUUUUUGAGAUAGAAAAAAGUGGAAAAUACUGCCGUUAAUCAUGCGUCAUAAGUUUCUUUACUCAACACAGAAAUAAAAAAAAAAUACAGAGAAAACGCCUAUUUAUUCUCUCUCAAACGCACUUGGGGUUUGCUGCUGUUGUCCUCUCUGUACAGAACAAAGACGAAACAAAUAAUUUCUGAUACUUUUUUUUUCCUCUCCUUUUUUUUACGUGUAUAAACAUCCAGACAAUUAUUCUCUCUCUCUCCUUCCGUUAUUGUUGGUUUUUAUUGUCCCUCCCGACUCGGAAAAAAUCAUCUUGUGUGUUUGUGUGUGAUGACUCUUUGAGUGUGUCCAUAUUGUUUACGUGUGAGAGUGUGUGCGUUUUUUUUUUUUCAAAUGUUUUUUUUUUUGUGUUUCUUAUAAUUUUUUUGUUUGGUUCUUGUUGGCGCCUCUCUUGUAACUGCGAGAACAUUAUUACGAGAGCGGCGUUUGCGUUGCGUGCUCUUUCGAGUUGUAUCUGAAUUUAUUACACGUGGUGUGGAUGCAA